GUAGCACAAAUUCGGCUUUUCAGUAGAAAUUCAUUGGCCGCACAAAUCGCAUGUGGAUCGGUGAAUCGGUGAAUCGGUGGAUCGGUGGAAAAUCAGACAGUGAGAAUCCCCCAUUAAAAGAAAGGCAGACAGCGAAAAGGAAAGACACACUCCAUCAGAUCAGAUGCGGAUCACUGGCGGACCGUCCCGACUGCUGGGGGCCGAAAAAAAUACGCAAAAAUUGAUGGUUAAAAUAAAUAAAUAAAUGAAUUUUCGGUGGCAACGUACCACAACACAUGGCAAAGUGCAGUGCGCGUUUCAGAUUCCGAUUCACAUUCAGAUUCACAAACAGAUUCCUGUAUCCAUAAUGAAAAUGCCCAAAAACAUAAGACAAAAAUUCACAAAAUUAUUUCGAAAAUAACCUGAAGAAAAGACUCAUUAAUUUUCCAAUACCGUGUCAGAGUGAAAGCAAAAGAAAGAAGAAAAACCAAAUGAAAGUAUCUGACGGAUGCGAGAAUAGGUGUGCUGCUGUAAUUUUAAACGCAUUUUAUGCGCUUGUUUUGACAUUGAAAUGAAAUAACCAUUAAAAUAGUAUAAUUAAAACGGAGAAGAUACCCAGAACCAUAGCCAACACGGAUACAGAUACGAGAUACACCUGAGAGAUCACCAAAAGAAGAAGAUUCAUCUAUAGGGAAGAGCUCCGGGAAGCAGUGAAAGAUGACGACGCGUGGCAUUCGCCGUAAGAAGUCGACGCUGACGGAGUUGAAGAUAGCCGUGAUUGGGGCACCCAGUGUUGGAAAGAGCGCUUUAAUCGUGCGCUUCCUAACGAAGCGCUACAUAGGCGAGUACGAUCAUCAGACUGAAAAUCGGUACAAGCACGAGGCCAUGGUGGACGGUGAGCCGGUGCUCUUCGAGAUACUCGACACAUGUCCCAAGGCCGAUGACGAGUUUCCCAAUGCCGCGGAGCUGGUCCAGUGGGCAGAUGGUCUGCUCCUUGUCUACUCCAUCACCGAUCGCAAGAGCUUCAACUAUAUACGCCGUGCUAAGUCCGAUCUCCAGUCCGACACACCUGUCCAGCUGUGUGCCAAUAAGGUCGACAUGGUGCAUCUGCGACAAGUGAGUCGCGACGAGGGCGAGAUCUUGGCCAAGGACUUCGAGUGCAAGUUCAGCGAGGUCUCUGCCGCCGAUCAUGUCGAUCAGGUGGCCGAGGUCUUCAACGAGCUGUGCAAGGAGGUGCUCGCCUCCAAGCGCAAGUCCAAGCAGAGUCUCCUGGAACGCAUGCUCGGCGGCGCCCGACCCUACAGCCGGGGGAAGAGCGACAGCAACUUGCCAAAAGACUGACAGCAGAGGAGUGGGAUUCUAAAUGUAAAUAAAUGUACAAUUUUUUUCUAAA